AUGGCGUCUAGCGGCGGUUUUUUAACUGACAGCAGGGAGGCGAAUCGGCGGGCCAUGAUUACCUAUUUUGUGGAGAUCGUGCCCAGACGUCACGCGGAACCCAAGGAACGGCCCGGAUUCCCGCUGGAGUGCCCACGUGGACUUUGCAAACUCCCCAUUCUUCCACUUGGCCCAGCUGAAGCAAGAGGAGUUGGGGGGCUUAUGAUGGGCCGAAACCCAGUGGGCGGCCCAACUGAACCAUUUACACCACUUCGGGUCAGACACUCGGAGAAUACCCAGGUCUGGGCCGGCCCAUGGAGCCAGGCCCGGUUGACUUUAGACCAAACAUAGCUGGCAGAGCCGGUUACGGAGAAGGAGACGGAGCAAAUUGGCCGUUACAGAGCCAGAAAAAGGGGAUCGCGCCCUUAACGGGAUAGACUCCAUCGAUUAUGUGUUACCCUUAAGUGCAUGUAGCUCAAGUAUAAAUAGAUGAGACCCAAAAGGAGGAAAUUCAAGCUAGAUCAAGCUAAUAAUACAUACCCAAUUCU